CGGAGAUUCGUUGCUCUGUAACAAUGAAGGGGACCGGGGCUAAAUCCUGGCCCCCGAGAUGAUCGGAGCCCUGGCCAAUGAACGGCCUUGUAUAAACCCGUUCCUGGCAGCUGGCUUGAUUGCCGGGCGUACCCAGCAUCAGAUGGAGUGAAGAGUACGAAGUGGUGGUUUUGCCUUGGAGGGUCGCUGGGAACUGAGAGCUGGGUUGCGAGCGAUAUUUAAGAUGGCAACCUGGACAUCUUCUCCUGGAUAAUCAGGCAGAGUUUGGAAACACUUUGGCAGCUACGUUCUACCUCGCCACAAUGAGAAUAUCCACGCCCCAUCUUUUGUUCUCUGCGCUCCUUCUUGGGAAGUUGGCCCUGGGACUGUCGGCUGCAGAAUGGCGCUCUCAAUCCAUCUACUUUCUUCUCACGGAUCGGUUCGGUAGGACGGACAACUCGACUACGGCAACGUGCGAUGCCGGAGAGGGUAUCUACUGUGGUGGAAGCUGGCAAGGCGUUAUAAACCAUCUGGAUUAUAUCCAGGGCAUGGGCUUUACGGCUAUUUGGAUCUCGCCAGUCACGGAACAGCUGCCCCAGGACACUGCAGAUGGGGAAGCUUAUCAUGGCUACUGGCAGCAGAAGAUAUACUCCGUCAACUCCAAUUUUGGCACAGCAGAUGACCUCAAGGCUCUCUCCGACGCUCUCCAUGCUCGCGGAAUGUAUUUGAUGGUCGACGUUGUGCCAAACCACAUGGGCUACGCAGGUGACGGCAAUGACGUGGACUACAGCGUCUUCGACCCGUUUGAUUCAUCUUCCUACUUUCACCCAUACUGCCUCAUCACCGAUUACAGCAACCUUACAAUGGUCCGUGACUGCUGGGAAGGCGACACCAUUGUCUCUCUUCCGGAUUUGUACACCACCGAAUCAGCUGUGCGAACAAUCUGGUACGAUUGGGUUGCGGACCUAGUGGCCAAUUACUCUAUCGAUGGUCUCCGCAUUGACAGUGCCCUCGAGGUCGAGCCCGACUUCUUCCCGGGCUACCAAGAAGCAGCAGGCGUGUAUUGCGUUGGAGAAGUCGACAACGGGGAUCCCGCCCUUGACUGUCCAUACCAGGAAUAUCUUGACGGCGUGCUCAACUAUCCCAUUUACUGGCAACUCCUCUACGCCUUCGAAUCCUCUAGCGGCAGCAUCAGCGACCUCUACAACAUGAUUAAAUCCGUGGCAAGUGACUGCUCGGACCCAACCCUACUCGGCAACUUUAUUGAAAACCACGACAACCCUCGCUUCGCCUACUACACAUCCGAUUACUCCGAAGCCAAAAACGUCCUUAGCUACAUCUUCCUCUCCGACGGCAUCCCCAUCGUCUACGCCGGCGAAGAACAGCACUACAGCGGCGGCGACGUGCCCUACAACCGCGAAGCCACCUGGCUCUCCGGCUACGACACCAAUGCAGAACUCUACACCUGGAUCGCCACCACCAACGCCAUCCGUAAACUCGCCAUCGACGUAGACUCGGAUUACAUCACCUACGCUAACGACCCAAUCUACACAGACAGCAACACCAUCGCCAUGCGCAAAGGCACCUCCGGCUCGCAACUCAUCACCGUCCUCUCCAACAAAGGCUCCUCCGGAUCCAGCUACACCCUCACCCUCAGCGGCAGCGGCUACACCUCCGGCACAGAACUAAUCGAAGCAUACACCUGCACCUCCGUAACCGUCGAUUCAAACGGCGAUAUCCCCGUUCCCAUGGAAUCCGGCCUACCGAGGGUUUUCCUCCCCGCAAGCUCCUCUUCUUCCUUAUGCGGUGGAUCCUCAACCACUACCAGCACUUCCACUUCCACCUCAACCUCCACAUCCACGUCCACAUCCGGAUCAACAACAACCGCAACAUGCACCACCAUCCCCAUCACCUUCGAAGAAACCGUAACAACGACCUACGGCGAGGAAAUCUACCUCAGCGGAUCAAUUUCCCAGCUCGGAGACUGGGAUACAAGUGAUGCGGUGUUAUUGUCAGCGGGGAAUUACACGGCGAGUAAUCCCGAGUGGUACGUUGAGGUCACCCUUCCGGUGGGGACGAGUUUCGAGUAUAAGUUUAUUAAGGUGGAGAGUGGGGGGAGUGUUACUUGGGAGAGUGAUCCAAAUAGGGAGUAUACUGUGCCCGAUGGGGAGGGGGAUUGUGGGGGGGUGAAGGUUGUUGAUAGUUGGAGGUAGGUUGUUAGUUUGGGGUUCAGGGAGAUUGGGGGUGGGGGGUGAGGUGGAUUGUUGUUUACUUGGGAUCUUGGGAUGGUGGGAAGAGUUGAUGGUGUUUUGCUUUUUGGAUCUAUGGGAUAUUGUUCGAAGUAUCGGUUACAUUUAUCUUAGUAUGUCAGUAUGUAUGUAUGUAUGUACACGACUGUGUGCUCUAAGCAAGAAAGA